AUGGCUGGCGUCACUCCCAGCGCAUACCUUGAUCUGCUCAAGUCAGGGGACUACUCGGAUUUCACCAUCAGCUGCCAGGGAGUAGACUUCAAAGUCCAUCGGGCGGUUGAAACCGCUUCACGAAAGAUCGACCUCUCAGAAGAUGACCCUAAGACCGUCAGCCGGGUCGUCUUGUUCAUGUACACAAGUGACUAUGAUGAAAGAGAAAUCCCACCCUUCCUGCUUCCUAGCCAGGUCGAAAAGCUGUCAACCACAACCCAGGGCGGAGCGGACGAAUCCCCGGACGCUUCAAGCAGCAAGCCUGACGGUCCGACAGUCUUCGAAAGACUGAAGACAAAUGCUUUUGUCUACAAAUGCGCCGACAUGCUCGGGAUCGAAAAUCUAAAGGUGCUGGCUGCAGACCGAUUCAUGGCAGACGCUCGUACAGUCCUCUCAGAGGAAGGAUUUGCGACUAUCUCAUGGCCAUUACGAAAAAAAUGA